AUGCGCACCACAGCACUCACCCUCCUCACUCUGGCGGUCGCCGCGCGCGCAGCCGACCCGGUCGUCCAAACCGGCUCAGGCUGGGUCAUGCCGGAAGAAGGCGACGCACACAAGCGCACAUGGAUGGGCUUUGGACCCACGGCCGACAUAUGGGGCGACUCGCUGCUGCCGAUCGUGCGCGCCAACCUCGUGUCCGUGGCGACUGCGAUUGCGGCGUACGAGCCCGUGUCGUUCCUCGUGCGCUCGGACGACAUGGCCGAGCUCAAGGACCUCGUGGCGAACGCGACGGGCUCGAACGCGGCGCUCGCGGCCAACAUCACCCUCGUCGAGGCGCAGCUCGACGACCUGUGGCUCCGCGACACGGGACCCACGUUCGUCCGCGCCGCCAACAACUCGGCCACGACGGGCGGCAUCGACUUCAACUUCAACGGCUGGGGCAACAAGCAGAAGCACUCGAACGACGCGACCGUCGCCAAGCAGGUGACGGACAUUGCGGGCGUGCAGCGCGUCACGACGGCGCUCGUGCUCGAGGGCGGCGCGCUCGAGGUCGACGGCAACGGCACAGCCAUCAUCACCGAGAGCUGCGUGCUGAACGACAACCGUAACCCCGGCUGGAGCAAGGAGCAGGUCGAGCAGGAGCUAAAGUUCCUCAUCGGCGUGCAGAAGAUCAUCUGGCUCCCGGGUAUCAAGGGCAAGGACAUCACCGACGCCCACACCGACUUCUACGCGCGCUUCGUCGCCCCAGGCCAGGUGGUCGCCGCGCUCGACCCCAACCCGGACAGCUACGACCACAACGUGACGCUCACGCACCUCGACAUUCUGCGCAACGCGACCGAUGCGUCCGGGCGCACGCUCAACGUGACGGUCCUCACCGCGCCGACCAAUCUGCGCAGCCUCGCCAAUGACCCGAAGAACGCCGACAACUUCGCGGCAGGCUACAUCAAUUUCUACAUCGCGAACGGCGUCGUCGUGAUGCCGCAGUAUGGCGACGACGAGGCCGACACGGCCGCGAAGAACACCCUCCAGAGCCUGUACCCCAGCCGCACGGUCGUCGCGCUCGACAUUGACGGCAUCGCGGCGGGCGGCGGCGGAAUCCACUGCUCGACGCAGCAGGAGUUCAAGCACGACGGCGGCAGCGCGGUGAAUGCCACUGGUCCGGCCGGCGGCGCCGCGGGCGCGAGCGGCACGGGUGGUGCUGGCGCGAGCGCGUCGGCCAAGCCUAGUAGCGCGUUGAGGUGUGUGCCUGCUGGCGCUGUUGCCGCGCUCGUUGCCGCUCUCGCUAUGCUCUUGUAG